AUUGAGAUUGAGAACAUUCGCCAUCUUUUACAAAUUCUUUUAGAUGGACUCAUCGACGGACAGCUUCAGUUCUCUCGAGGAACACAUUAUUUUUAUUGACGACGGAACUUUCGGUGGAAACAAUAAUGUUGAACAAUUGGGAAGAUAUGAAAUUGAAACAUCGAAGCAAAGAGAGUCUAUCAUAUCAGAGAUUGGCAACUUUGUUGAACAAACCUCACAUCAAACAGACCAGUCGAUUGCGAACCUUAGCGCUGGGCCAGAGUCUAAAGAGUCUAUAAAAAAGCGUAGAAAAGACUACGAGUAUUCUUCGGAACGAAUGCAGUUGAUGAUGGGCGACUCCACUUUUUUGCAACUUGGUAUUUCGCGACCACUCCUUGUGGCCAUCCGCCAGUUGGGAUGGGAAGUUCCCACUCCAAUUCAAGACAAAGUCAUUCCUUUGGCACUAGUAGGCCGUGAUAUUUGUGCCAGCGCUGUUACUGGGUCUGGAAAGACGGGAGCCUUUGCCGUCCCUAUUUUGGAAAAACUAUGGAGAAGCGCCUCUAAAGUUUCUUUGGUUCGUGUCAUUGUGAUACUUCCAACAAGGGAGCUUGCUUUACAGUGCAAACAAGUGUUUACAGAGCUUAGCAAGAACAUGGAUAUUGAUAUUGAGUUGGCUAUUGGCGGUUUAGCUGUGAGAGCGGAACAAGAUGCCCUGCAGAGAUGUCCAGAUAUUGUCAUUGGAACACCUGGUCGCAUCAUUGACCAUAUAAGAAAUACAAAGGGUUUCAGUGUUGAUGAUGUUGAAAUUGUAGUUUUGGAUGAGGCGGAUAGAUUGUUAGAUCUUGGUUUUUCUGAAGAGUUGGAGGAGAUUAUUCGAAGUUGUUCUCCUAAACGUCAAACCUUGCUAUUCAGUGCAACUAUGACGACAAGUGUCCAACAAUUGGCCUUAUUGUCGUUAAAAGAGCCUGCGAAUAUUGUGGUCGAUCCUUUAUACGAAGUUUCCAAGACAUUGGAACAAGAAUUUGUAUUGAUAUCCGACGGCAACAAUGUGAACAAAAGAAUCUCUUAUUUAUUAGCAUUAUGUUGUAGGACAUAUACACAAAGAGUCAUAUUAUUCUUUUCUAAGAGAUCUGUUGCACAUCAAAUAUUUAUUAUUUUUGGUAUGCUUGGUCUUUCUGCUGUGGAGCUUCAUGGAAACUUGUCACAAAUGCAACGAAUGGAGGCAUUGAAUCGAUUUCGCAAAGGUCAGUGUGAGUUUUUGCUUUGCACAGAUGUUGCUUCCAGAGGAUUGGAUAUAUUUGAUGUUCGAACGGUUAUCAAUUACGAGAUGCCAAAUGACAUUCGAACGUAUGUCCAUCGAGUUGGUCGUACAGCCAGAGCAGGAGCAAAGGGAAAGGCAGUAACGCUAGUGGAUGAAACGAGCCAUGCUCGUAGAUUGCUUUCUGUCAUCCAAAAACGUUCCAAGACUACAUUAAAGUCUCGUUCUAUUACUGACAGUGUAUUGGAUAAGUAUUUAGAAAUACUUUUUAGUAAGCAAGGACAAAUUAAAGAACAGUUACAGAAAGAGCGACAUGAGAAAGAGAUAGAGAUGGCUGAGAUGGAAGCAAAAAAGGCACAAAAUUUGAUCGAUCAUGCCGAUGAAAUAUAUGCAAGACCCAAGAGAACCUGGUUUCGGUCAUCUAGAAAGCCUACAACAACAUCAAGAAAAAAACAAAAUAGAAAGAAAAAAGGAAAUAACUAAAGUAUCGUUAUAUUAAUAUCU